AGCAGCAGCAACACCUCUGUGGCACUGGCCGCUCACAGGGCACAUACAAGGUGCCAACACGAGCUCUGUGAGCUGGUACAGCUUCCUAGCUUAGCAGGGAUCCAUCAGGUUCUGAGGAGGUGUCAACUCCCUCCAGGGCUGCAACGCUGGUUGUAUGAAGGGAAGCUCUCAGAGUACACAGCACGCUGGGGACCAGUUUUCUUGCUGUGAAGAUGGGGACAAGUUUGGCAGUGGUUGCCUGAGGCACAAGCUCGGCUGAUGAGCUCCCUCUUCCCGUAGCUGCUGGCAGCGACAAGCCGAGCAGAGCAGCAGCAGGACGCUGCAGAUCUCAGCAAGCCAGGGUCUUCCAUUCCAGUCAAGAAAAGUGGCAGCUCAGUUUUUUUGUUUUUUGUUGUUUUUUUUUUAAAUGCGUACAUUACAAUUACUCUUACACCCUACACUCCCUUCUUCUGUUAGCUAAGGAAAACCAGAGCAGCGCCACCCAGAGGCCCUGUUCAUGCCAACACCGAUGGGACAGGCCCUCCUCCCGGGGGUGGCUUUGCCACUGACACCGGAGUGCGGGCAUCGUAUCGGGGCGUAGGGCUGAGCGCGGCUGUGCCGGGCGGAGCCGCAGAUUCGGCCCUCGCGCGGACAGCGGGGCACAGGACGGGAGGGGCCAGGAGGGGGGGCUCACGGCCCGGACGCCGUUACCGGCCCCAGGUGACGAGGGCGGCGCGGAGCGGCGCUACGUUACGGAGCUGCCGGAGGGAUCGCCGGGCGCUCACCUUCAGCUGGAAGAGCGUGUCUGCAAGAGAAAGAGAGCGUCGCCUCAGCACCGGGCCUCAGCACCACGACACACCGGAACCCAGGCCGAGACAGCCCGAACCCAGCGCACCCCGCCUCGCUCCACGCCGGGAAGCCCCACAGCCUCCGCGCAAUACGGCGAGACCGCGCCAGACCCGAUACAACAAAAGACUUCACCAGUGAGAAACAAACCAUCCCUACACCCCGCAUUUCUGUGACACCGCCCCUGGAUGAAUGCACCGAAGCAAUGUCAAUGGAAGGCCCUCCCACCAAGGCGGCAACCAGCGGGGGAGCUGGGGAGCGCCAGGAGCCGGACAGCGGGGUGAACAAGGAGAAGCCAUGACCCACAGGCAGAGGCCGCUCAUCGCCCACCGUGACUCCUGCGUGCUCAUGGACAGGGAGACCACCGGAGCCCGCCCUUGAGCCUGGCCUUCCCCAGUUGGGAAGGAGCCGGGCAAUAAAAGCAAGUGCUUGGAACGAGAAGGAGGUGGUUGAUGACAGAACGGCGAUUCGGGGAGCGGGGGCCGCCCCGCUGAGCGCAGGCCCUGCAGGCCGCACGUUGCCUAGCAACCCUUGCUCGGGCCCAGCGCGAGCGGCAGGGCCGAACGGCGCAUGUGUGAGACUGGGGCUUGCCAGAGCGCAUGCGUGAGGUGAGGCGCGCGGCGUUGCGCAUGCGCACGGCUCGCUUCGUAGUGGGCGGGAAGUGGUGUGCGCAUGCGCCUCACAACUAUGGCGGACGGAGGCCGCGCUGAGGGAGCUCCGGCCGAGAGCGAGGUGGAACCGCUGCGGUUCCAGCGGCUGUGGGGAGAGGGCUACUUCGAGGUGCCGGCGUCCGAGCGGCUGGGGAAAUGCCGGAGUGUGAAGGAGUUUGAGAAGCUGAAUCGGAUUGGAGAGGGCACCUAUGGCAUAGUGUACCGUGCCCGGGACACUGUGACAGAUGAGACUGUGGCACUGAAGAAGGUACGGAUGGACAAUGAGAAGGAAGGAAUGCCCGUCAGCAGCCUGCGGGAGAUCACCCUGCUCCUGGAGCUCCAGCAUCCCAACAUUGUGGAACUGAAGGAGGUGGUUGUGGGGAACCAUCUGGAGAGUAUUUUCCUGGUGAUGGGCUACUGUGAGCAGGACCUUGCCAGUCUUCUCGAGAACAUGCAGACACCUUUUUCAGAGGCUCAGGUGAAAUGCAUCAUCUUGCAAGUCCUCAGGGGUCUGCAGUACCUUCAUGAGAGGUACAUCAUCCACAGGGAUCUGAAGGUGUCCAACCUGCUCAUGACUGACAAGGGCUGUGUGAAGAUAGCGGAUUUUGGUCUGGCACGUACAUAUGGGAUGCCACCACAACCCAUGACCCCCAAAGUCGUCACGCUGUGGUACCGAGCACCUGAGCUGCUGCUAGGAGUGACAACACAGACCACCAGCAUUGACAUGUGGGCCGUGGGCUGCAUCCUUGCUGAGCUGUUGGCUCACAAGCCACUGCUGCCAGGCACCUCUGAGAUCCACCAAAUAGACCUCAUUGUGCAGCUCCUGGGGACACCCAAUGAAAACAUCUGGCCGGGUUUCUCCAAGUUGCCCCUGGUGAGUCAGUACACGCUGCGGAAACAGCCUUAUAACAACCUCAAGCACAAGUUCCCCUGGCUCUCAGAGGCUGGGCUGCGUCUGCUCAACUUCCUCUUCAUGUAUGAUCCCAAGAAGCGGGCAACAGCAAAGGACAGCCUGGAUAGUUCAUACUUCAAGGAGAAGCCCCUGCCCUGUGAGCCAGAGCUCAUGCCCACCUUCCCCCACCAUCGCAACAAGCGGGCAGCCAGCGCCAGCACAGGGACAGAGACCCAGGCAAAGCGUGCCAAACCCUGAGCCCUGUCCGAAAGGAGGAGAUGCAGGGAACUCAAGCAGGGAUCAUCGCUGCCAAGGCUGAGCACUGGCUCCUGCCCCAUUGCUGGCAAGGCACACAGCUCUCCUCAGUGAUGCAGUGCUGGGUGCUGUCACCUCUUGGGAUGGCUCCUGGCCAUGUUGCCCCAGUCCCUGAAGAGUUGCAUUUUAGGGGUGCUGCCUUGGUUACCAAUGCCUGCGCUCAGCCCCAUGCAGAGCUUCUCACGCUGGGAACAUCCACAGCCUUCCAGCCCAGCAGAGCCCAAGCAUUGUAUAGUGCUGGCUUCCUUCUGCCCUGGAGCUGAGGGGGCAACAGCCUGGAGCUGCGAGCACAGCACGGGAUGGGUUUAAGCCUGUGCUGCCUCCUCCCCUGGGGGUGGGAUGGAGGCAUGGACUGAAAGGGGGGGAGAUGGGGGUUUAAUACAGAGAUGCUGGAUGUCUGGCAGGACCAGCUCUGGCCUGUACUGGCUGUGUGGUGCAACCCUGACUGUGCUGUCAAUAAAAACAGCUGCAAAGGGCAGUGGUGGUGGAAAGUUCCCUAGGGCAAUACCCGGACAGGAUGCUGAGUCUGGCCUCUCCGUCAGCACCACAUCUCUACCUUUGUCCCUGCAAAGGGAUAAAGACAGCACAGGCUCUGCCUCUCCACCAGCCUGAAGCACAGCCUUCCCAGCUGUACUGUGAGAUGAGAGUUGAGCCUGCAGGGCAGUUCCAUAGGAUAAUGCUGGCCCUGGAUGAAGCCCCCUCAGGGACAGGAGUGCCAUAGAAUCAUAGAAUGGCUUGGGUUGGAAGGGACCUCAUCAAGUUCCAAUCCCCCUGCCACAGGAAGGGCC